AUGGGACGAUCGAUUGGUCCCUUGGACAUCAUUACCGGAGUGGCGGGUGCCAGUGUCGCUGGGUGGGCAGUUGCCUGCGCCAAGGGCCAUGCACUGACGGCGACGGCCGUGUUCGGGAGCUUGGUGGGUCUGGCAUAUAUUCGAGCACCAUCGAGGACCUUUCCCACUGGUGAAGCCGUGACGGAAACUGUGGAUCUCACCGGCAAGGUUGCCUUGGUCACUGGCGCUACUUCGGGUAUUGGCGUCGAAACGGCACGAGUCUUGGCAUUGCGAGGAGCGCAUGUGUACCUGGCCGCUCGCAAUCCAACAAAGUUGGCAGCCACGCAAAAGCAAUUGUUGGCCGAGUUGCCGUCCACCUGCAAACUUGAUAUUGUCACGUGCGAUUUGGGUGACUUGCAGUCGGUCAAGCAUUGCGCCAAGACUGUGUUGGCGUCCCAGGAUACAAUCGACAUUGUAAUCAACAAUGCCGGCAUCAUGGCGCUACCCACCCGAACCGAUACCAUGCAAGGAUUGGAAAGUCAGGUUGGUGUCUGCCAUGUAGGUCACUUUUACCUCACCAAACUCUUGCUACCAGCCAUCCAAAAGGCCCAGGGGCGGAUUGUCUGUUUGAGUAGUUCCGGUCAUGCCAAUCAUGACAUCAAAAAGUGCCUCUCCUCUCCCAAAUUGGAAACGGAUCCUUACGAUGGAUGGGUUGCCUACGGAAACGCCAAGGCAUCCAACCUGCUGCAUGCGAAAGCAUUGAGUACCAAGAUUGACAAUGUGACUGCGUACUCGGUUCAGCCUGGAGGAAUUUUUACGGGUCUCCAGGGUCAUGUGGAUUGGUAUACCAGGUUGCAAUUUUCCGUUGUGGCGCCCUUUUUCUUCAAGAGCGUCCCACAGGGAGCUGCCACCACUCUGUUGUGUGCCACGUCGAAUGAUCCUGAAAAGGUUGUCAAUGGAGAAUAUCACGACAACUGCCAAGCCGACAAAACGGCUUUGCAGAAGGUAAUGGAGGCAGCCGGGAAGGACGUUCCGGAUCAGCUUUGGGAGGUUACAGAGAAACUCUUGAAAGAUCUGGGGUUUGACUGAUUUCUAAAAUGGAGGCACUGAAAGCAAGGAGGACCAGAAGCUGACAUGGACUACGUGCGCCAUAUGAACUACGAUGUGAUUCCCAGGGUAACCCUUAGCUCGCCUCGGUAGCUGUUCCACUGGGGAGGCAAGAAAGCAGGUCAAGAUAUUGGAUGUCCAUAUUAUAAAUUUUGUUUUGAGACUGUUUACCAAGCCAGGACAAUUGGAAAGUAUGUAGACAAAAACUUUGACCAAGCUGAUCAAAAUCAGCAACAUUUCCCCCAGGAUCAGAGCAAUGAACGGAGCUGGAGAUCCUGUGGCUAGACGAUCCUCAAAACAUCCACUACAGUGUAGUAUCUAUGGUGACACCAGCCAGUUUAUCAGUCCUAUAAAACAAACGCAUCUCGGGCUUUCUCCCUUUCUAAAUUCUUCUGAACAAAGAUAUCCAAUUUCGCUAGACUACAAUCCUUCAGCUGGUCGAGUCGAUCAUUGCACUGCUGCAUCAAGUCUUCACAGCCACAGAGGCUGCUGCAGCGCUUGAAGGUUUUGAGCACCGGUGCUGGAGUAGAAUUUGAAGGAGGCCACCCGAAUAGGUAUUGUACGGGUGGCUGGCUUACAAUAACGAGUGCGGCAAUCCAGAAGCACCAAAUACUGUACCAGUAAUGCACAGGGCAACUGAAAGUCGUCAUGAAUGGAUAUGAAUGGCACGGCGCACUACUAGCUAGCUAGAAGUUGCACUCCGUUACCGGUACGGGUACACUACGCUCUACUCAUGGACAUGGACACUUCUUCCAAUCCCCGGCAGAAGCAUUCAAAAUGUGAUCAGAAUCGCGCACAAGAAACUAUCAGCACACCAUUAAAUUCUACCAUGGAUUCAAUUCUGGUUUUAAACCUAAACAUUCUUCGGCUUCUUAGAGCCUCGGAAACAGCAGUCAGGAAGUUACAUGUCUCAUCCGAUCACUGGUCAUCUCUUUCCAGCCAUGGAAUGCGCAAGACUUGCUUCUUUCGAGGCUCUGACAUAUUCCCACCGGUCAACUUCCUCUAGACAAGAAAUGAGAGCCACAUCUGCCUCAGAAAAUGGGACUUUCCAUAGAUUUGAUGGCCGAAUUCUCUUUGGUGCGCUAAUUCCAUCCACUGUCACAGCAACUCGGCCCUCUUCCAACCCAUCCAUGCAGACAUGGCCAAUUUUGUUGUUCAUUGUGGCUCCUGAAGGGCUAGUGAGGCCGUGGAUGAUCAUCCACAACCCAGGAGUACGGUCCUUAGGAACUGCGAGCUCGAAUUUCAUGUAAGCUUGAGAAAACCCCUGACUGAUAAUACCAGAGAGUGCCCAUGCCCUAAUGUAUCUCAUUGUAAAAAUGGUGACUGGGGCUGUCUGUUCAUCAUCUAAGAUUGCUGCAAGUGUCAACAUUCCAUCUUGUUGCCACCAGCUUGGCUUUUUAAGCCCAUUGUCCCUCGCAAACUUGUCAGCAAGGAAGAAGGUGCUGUUUGCCCACCCGUCAAUUGUCACGCUUUUGCAUACAUUGAUAUCGCCAAGCUUGCCUGUUAAUGUUGCAUACGCCCAACGUUUGCACGCUUCCGCAGAGUUUUCGAUGGCUUCACUGUCCCUUGAGGAUACAUCGAAACAUCCAGCAAGUUGAUGAAAGGCCUCUGGUCGUCUGGUAUCUAGUUUCAGUGCUUCCCGGAGUAUCUUUUUGGCACCUGCAAUAUCACAGAUUUCAAUUUUCUUCAGUGCUGCUGCAAUCCUUUCAUCAUAAUCCGAUCUGAUUGCCCAGACGUAAUAGCCCUUAGAUGCAGUGUACACCUGAAGAGUACUUUUGAUGAGGUUCUUCCUUUUUGGUGCCUCUUCUUCGUGCCACUUUUUGUGCU